AGCUCAGACCUGAGUAUUGACAGACCCAUGGGCGUGGCUCUGACGAAAUCAGCCCAGUGGACUGCCGCUGGUUAUGGUACUGGAACCCUGGAAAUUACCCCUCUAAAUGAAGCGAUACUGAAAGAAAUUAUUAUGUUUGUGGAGAGUUUUAUCUACAAGCAUCCCAAAGAGGCAAAGUAUGUUUUUGUAGAACCACUAGAAUGGAAAACAAGUUUGGAUCUCUCAGCAUUUGAAUCAGGCUAUGUUGUCAGUGAAACAACAGCCAAAUCAGAAGAAGUUGAUAAAAAUGGACAGCCUUUGCUAUUUCUCUCUGUACCACAAAUUAAAAUUAGGAGCUUUGGGCAGCUGUCACACUUUUUAUUUAUGGCCAAAGAUGCAAAGCUGAAGGAAGCGCAAGCGUGUAUCGAAGCUAAUAGAGACCCUGUAGCAAAAAUCCUGGGCUCAGAAUAUAAUACAAUGAAAGAAGACUCAACUGCAUUAAAUAUUCUUGAUAAAAUUACCAAAGAUGAUGAUCCUGAAAUUGAGAUUAAGAUCAAGAUUGCAAUGCUGCUUAAGCAACUGGAUUUGCACCUGCUCAAUCAUUCUCUAAAGCAUAUUUCAUUAGAAAUACGCUUAAAUCCAGUGUCCGUUAAGAAGGAUAUAGAGCUACUCAAACGUUUCUCAGGAAAAGGAGAACAAACAGUCUUGGAAUCUAUCGAAUAUACCUCAGAUUAUGAAUUUUCAAAUGGAUGUAGAGCCCCACCGUGGAGACAGAUUCGUGGGGAGAUGUGUUAUGUGAUGGUGAAACCCCAUGACGUUGAGACUCUGUGUGUCACUUGUAGUGCAAAAGGAGUGUUUUUAAAUGGUGGCAAAACAGAUGAUGAGGGAGACAUUGAUUAUGAGAGAAAAGGUGAAAUUUAUAAAGACCUUGUCACAUUUUUAAAAGAAAAAUCAGCAAAAUUUUCCGAAAAUAUGUCGAAACACGUGAUUGAUUUCAAAGAAGAACAAAAGGAGAUGGAUCAGCUGGGUGAGGCAGCCAAGGAGGAGGCCGGCACCUUCCAGAAAGCUAUUUCUGGUUCAGACAAGAGGUCACUGGAGAAAAACCAAAUCAAUUUUGGGAAGAAUCAAAUGGCCAAGAGAUUGGCACCCAGCUUAAACUGGAAAGCCACCGUCAAUUACAAAGACCGCAAAAGCUCAGGAAAAGACAGCCAAGAGGAGAAACGUGGAGGCAAGCUUGAAAGCAGAAGAAAGUCAUCUGCCCCACCUGGAAGAGCGCAACUACUUCGCAAAAGUGUUGAAAGGAUUGAGGAAAUUAGUGACAGCUCCUCAGAGAGUGAGGAAAAUGAAGAAACACCUGAACAUCGUCAGGAAGCAAAUGCAGAUCUGCCAUCGGAAUAUUGGCAAAUUCAGAAGCUGGUGAAAUAUUUAAAGGGAGGAAAUCAGACAGCUACAGUGAUCGCAUUGUGUUCAAUGAGGGAUUUCAACUUAGCUCAGGAGACCUGCCAGUUGGCAAUCAGAGAUGUCGGAGGCCUGGAGGUGUUAAUAAAUUUGCUUGACACAGAUGAAGUCAAAUGCAAGAUUGGUUCAUUAAAAAUCCUGAAGGAAAUCAGUCAUAAUCCCCAAAUCAGACGUAGUAUUGUUGACCUUGGGGGGUUACCAAUUAUGGUGAAUAUACUCGAUUCCCCACACAAGAGUCUGAAAUGUUUGGCGGCUGAGACCAUCGCCAAUGUCGCCAAGUUUAGAAGAGCCCGCCAGGUGGUGAGGAAGCAUGGAGGCAUCACCAGACUGGUUGCUCUACUUGACUGUGCACAGAGUUCAGCAGAACCCAUGCAGUCCAGUCUAUACGAGGCCAGGGACGUGGAAGUGGCCCGCUGCGGGGCCCUGGCGCUGUGGAGUUGCAGCAAGAGUUACGCCAACAAAGAAGCGAUUCGCAAAGCCGGGGGCAUUCCCUUGCUGGCUCGCUUGCUGAAGACUUCUCAUGAAAACAUGCUGAUUCCGGUGGUGGGGACUCUGCAAGAGUGUGCGUCAGAGGAAAACUACCGCGCUGCAAUCAAGGCAGAAAGGAUCAUUGAAAACCUGGUGAAGAACCUGAGCAGUGAGAACGAGCAGCUUCAGGAGCACUGCGCCAUGGCCAUCUACCAGUGCGCUGAAGACGAGGAAACCCGGGACCUAGUCAGGCUGCACGGAGGACUGAAGCCCCUGGCCAGCCUGCUCAAUAACACCGACAACAAAGAGCGCUUAGCUGCUGUCACUGGGGCCAUAUGGAAGUGUUCCAUCAGUAAAGAGAACGUGACCAAGUUUCGAGAAUACAAAGCCAUUGAAACCUUGGUGGGACUUUUAACUGACCAGCCUGAAGAAGUCCUCGUGAAUGUGGUUGGGGCCUUGGGGGAAUGCUGCCAAGAGUAUGAAAACCGAGUCAUUAUCCGGAAGUGUGGUGGCAUUCAACCACUCGUGAACCUCCUCGUCGGGAUAAACCAGGCUCUUCUUGUGAAUGUCACAAAGGCAGUUGGUGCUUGUGCAAUGGAACCUGAAAGUAUGACAAUAAUUGAUCGCUUAGAUGGAGUUCGUUUGCUGUGGUCCUUGCUGAAAAAUCCUCACCCAGAUGUGAAGGCCAGUGCUGCCUGGGCCCUUUGUCCAUGCAUUCAAAAUGCGAAGGAUGCUGGAGAAAUGGUUCGUUCCUUUGUUGGUGGUUUGGAACUUGUUGUGAAUUUACUGAAAUCAGAUAACAAAGAAGUUUUGGCAAGUGUAUGUGCUGCUAUUACCAAUAUAGCGAAAGAUCAAGAAAAUUUAGCUGUUAUUACAGAUCAUGGAGUUGUGCCUUUAUUAUCCAAGCUGGCAAAUACAAAUAACGAUAAAUUGAGGCGUCACCUGGCAGAAGCUAUUUCCCGGUGCUGUAUGUGGGGCAGGAACAGAGUGGCCUUUGGAGAACACAAAGCAGUUGCUCCGUUGGUGCGUUACCUGAAAUCGAAUGACACCAAUGUGCACCGAGCGACAGCUCAGGCCUUGUACCAACUUUCAGAAGACGCCGAUAACUGCAUCACCAUGCAUGAGAAUGGCGCGGUAAAGCUGCUACUGGCUAUGGUUGGGUCCCCUGAUCAGGAGCUCCAGGAAGCUGCAGCUGGUUGCAUAUCCAACAUCCGCAGGCUGGCUCUUGCUACAGAAAAGGCAAGAUACACUUGAAAUUGGAACGGACAUUCCAAGCUACCAAAUUUUACAUGACACAGGACAUGUCACUCCCAUGGCCAGGAAACCUAAAUUGGGAAACAUGUAUUAGCAAGUCCUUCAAUCAGUCUAAAUGAAAACACACACACUGAAAAUGCAAAGGAUGCUUUGCAUGUGAGAAUUACAUGGAUAUUUUUGUUCUAUUUAAUAUUUCAGGUAUAUGCUAAAAUGUAAAGCCGAUAAAUAUGUGAUAAUUUUCCAAGAGUCUGAGACUGUAUGUGUAUGGUAUAUGUAUUUCGGUGAUGCUUUUGUGUUUGUGGUGAUUUUAAUAAAGGCUAUGACCUUC